AUGUGGCAGCUUGUUCGGAUACUGGUAGCAUCACAGCUUUGGUUCAGCGAUGGGGAUUCGCUUGAAAUGUUACGCGGUGGCCAUGGCAUCUCGUCUCGGCUCAUUGUCGAUGGCCAGGGGUUUCUGGACGUGACCGAGGUGCAUUCACCGGGAGCAAUGGCUCUUGAUGCCAAUGGGGCAACUCUGUGGCUGAAGAGGCAUGAAGGGCUUGGCGAUUCCCUCGAGUGUCCGUUACUAGGAUAUAGUCCAUAUCCGCUGGGCCUAUCACUUGGAAUCGACGAUAACGGUACAUUCAACCUGAGUCUCGUCCAAGUCCCCGGCAUCAUGGCAGAUUGUUAUAGCACCUCGGAGCAGGUAUCGGGUCGUCUGAAGCGUCUGCCUGACAUUACCACCGAAGAUGCAGCCUUUAUUAGCAACAUGAUUGACGAGAAGUUCAUACCUUACCAGAACACCAGAUAUGCCCCUUUGAGGACCAGAGAGGAAAUCAGGGCUCUAGGCAGACAGUUCUUCCCCUUUUCGCCUCACAACUUCGAACUCGCCAUGUCGCUCUACGACUGGACAACGGCAUCGUUUGCGCGCAUGGUCUUGUUCAAAAUCUUCCAGUACACGGGCGUCAGCUCAGAAAUUGAGUCCCGUCCUCAUCCUUUGGAUCGCGAGAGUCUUGCCCUCAACAUUUGGCAGAGCAACUUCUCCGUCUAUACGCCGCAGAACCCGGAUUACAUGCGGGCGUUUAUGAUGGAGCCGGCGGAUUCGCUCGAUAACGUGACGGCUCAGCUGGACGCGGUGAUGGACCAGGUGUACACCUUGAGCGAGAUCGAGAACCGUCUGCUUGCUGCUGCCAUGCAGGCAAUGCCGAGGACGUCGACCGCGUCGAAGCGCAAGCUCUUCAGUGGCCAGGUUGAUAUGGAGCAGCUUGGGACGGAGCAUUUUGGGAUCGAAUUUCUCGAGUGUCCGCUGAACGAGGGGCCUGUGGGCGUCGAGCUGGCGGAUUCACUGGAAGAUGCUCUGGCCAGCUACGUGGCCGUUGGAAGGACGGUUACUACCAAGAUGGCCUGGAGCUUCACGGACAACAUGGCUGAUGCGAUUCAUUACUCCAACGGGAUCCUGCUCGUCUUGGAUCCGCCGUCUGAUGCGUCGGUGUGGGAGAGCGUGUCGUUUAUUACGCCGUUGUCUGAUGAUCCGGACAAGAUUGAGUAUGUGGCGGCUCCGGGAACAAAGUUUGAGAUCAGAUCUGUUCGGGAUACUGUCAUCUUGGAUAAGAAUGUGACGAUGUUUGGGUUGGAGCCUGCGGUGAGAGGGGGUGGGGAGCUUGGGAUGAAGGGAGUGCUUGAGGAGGUUCGACAGCAGAAGAUGAUAGGCGAACAUGGUGGUUGGAAAGGCGGACAUGCAAGAUGA